CAUAUGAGUGAUUGAUAAGCACGGAAAGAAAUAUUCCUAAGUCAAACUUAUCUCCUCGGUUCCUCCUCUGUUUCUUGGUUAAACAUUUGCCUUCUCUCGGACUCUCGGCUCCCAUGCUCUUCCUCUCCUGGCGACGACGACUGGUCUAGCGGCGGCGCCAUUUGUCCUGUCUUCACCCAGCCCUUUGCCGGCGACGAGCGCAUCCUCCAGGUGGAUGAUGGUCUUCCAUCAUUGUUAACCGUUUGCAAGACAAAGUCCGUGAUUUGGUCUUAGUAGUUUCAUUUGCAAUUGGAUCUCAUUGAUUGUGCUGCGCUUACAUUCGAUCGAUCUCAGAACAUGGCACAAACAUGUACUGUUUCACAUUCUGAGAAUAAACGCAGUCUCCCAGCAUGGAUGCUGAAAGCAAGCUCAGUUAAUGAAGCCCCAAAGACCGAAGAUCAGAAUAAGGAGGCAUUGGAAUCUAAUGUGAAAAUAGGGGUUGUGGAUCCGACCAAUCCUAUCAAAAGGAUGGGAAGGCGGUUGAAGAAUGUUGAUUCAGAGAGUGCUAGUGAACUGGUAGGUUUGCAGCGAUGCGAGGGUAGAGAAAAGCCCAGAAGAAAGACCAAGGGUGUUGUCCAAGAUGAAGUUGAAGAAAUUAGGGAUGUAACUAUUAAGAAAGGAAGAAAAGCGAGGAAAGGAGCUGCUCCGAAGAAUAACAAGAAGCGGAAAUUGGAGAAUAUCAAAUCAGAAGCGUCAUCACCAGUAUCAGUGGAUGAUGACAUAGAGCUUACUGUGGAGGACCUUGUGAGUAUAGCUGAAGAGUAUGUAAAUGCUGAUAAACAGAAGCAGCAUGAACUUGAAGCCAAGAAGACUGCCAGAUGCAAAGAACAUUCCCCAUGUUCAACAAAUUUCACUGAAGCAGAUACUGGAAUAUCAGUAGUCAAUGCUCCACCAAUGAAGGAAUUGUUGCAGGGCGCAACAGCCACAGGAAAUACAAGAUCAAUCGAGCAUAUAGGAGACCAGAGCAAGAGCCAUCAAGAGCCGAAAUGUCCGUCAAGCUUCUUAACAACAGAAGAUGUUGCCCAGGAUAUGCUAAACCUGUUUCUCGGUCCUCUAUGGAGUAAAUCUGCAGGCUAUGCAAAAAAAUCCGAGCAUAUAGAAACAAUAACUAGGCCUACAAAUAAUCAUGUGCCAGGGGAGACAGACUGGCAUAAUGAAGUGCCAACGCAGGACGAACCAGUGAAGAAAUUCAUACCGCCUGCGACAACAAAUCUUGUGCCAGAGAAGAAAGACUGGCGUAGUGAACUACCGAAGCUGGGGGAGCCUGUAGCAAAGAAAAAGAGCAGCUUGAGAGAUAAGGUGGCCUUGUUUCUUUGACAUGAGAUGAGCAUUGAGGGGUGGAUUCUUCAUUCUUAUGAGACUCGAUCAGGUGGUUCUGAGCGUGUACAUUGCCUGUAAAUAUGAUUGUUCGCAGGAUUUUUUUUUCACAUGUAAUCAUAUUCUUUAGUUAAUAAGCUGGCUUCUCGAAAUGUAAGCCCGUCCUUGUGGGUGUGUAUUUGCUCUUCUACAGUUCUACUGGUGUUGGAUGGUAUAUUCGUAUGUGAGAAUAAAGGAUGUCCAGUGUAUUUUCAGUGGGAGUA